UUCUCAACGGAAGACAUACCGGGGAAAGUGCGCCGAGCUGACAGAAGGAUUUAUGUUAACAAUCUCAAGAUUUAUUGACUAGUCCCUCCGCAGGUCAAUUGUGUUACAGUAAAUUACACGUUCAGUUAAUAAGAGUUAGAGUUCUGAGGGUAAUUCAGGGACUCGGAACUGAACUACAGCCUUUAGUAAUCAUAAUAAUCAUACAGGUUAAAGUUCUCUGUUUAUGUGGUGAAGCCAUGCAUGCUGUAGUAUUUGUAUGCUUUGUGCAUAACUUGACUAAAAACCCUGUUGUUACAUGAUCUAAAACUAGAACUUGACAAUAAAAUAUGAACAGCAUUCUACGGGUACAGGAUAAAGGUGAUAAAGCUAUCAUUGUUGUUGAUGUUGCUAAUGGAAAAGUUAAAGUUUUAAAGCCAGUAAAAUCUAAUGGCACCACACAAAAACAACAACAAUUAAAAUGGAUUGUUAACUCACAAAAACAACAAUUAGAAAGUGUUGGUAACUCUCAAACAGAAGAAUUAGAACAUGUUAAUAACUCACAAAUACAUCUUUAUAAUGAUAGGGUUGACAUGGCAACAAAUACUGAUGACUUUAACUCAUUGAACCCUAAUGAACAUGAUACACAAAAACAUGAUGAAUUAAGAUGUUCAAUUUGUAUGGUUUUAUAUGAUUCCUUAAGUGAAUUGGAGAAACAUAAAAAAAUACAUAUAAAAUAUUGCAAUAUUUGUGAUGAAUCAUUUUCAUCAGUGGAAAAAGUGAAAAAACAUAAAGAAAAGCAACAUUUUUCAUGUGUUAUGUGCGAUGAUAUUUUUACUUCUGAAGAAGAGAUUAUUAAACAUAAGGAAGAUAAACACAGAGAUCAGUAUUUGUGUGACAUCUGUGAUCAAAGUUUUAGUUUAAGUUCAGAAUUAGAUGAUCAUCUUAAGAUCCAUGGUAUAAAUAAUGUUAGUAAGAAAUACACUUGUGCAUGUGGUGUAGGUUUUAAUGAUAAAUCACUCUUUGAUUUGCAUGUCCAGACUCAAAUUAACCAUUAUAUGUGUGAAAUUUGUUCUGAUGUAUUCUUAAAGAGAGUACAUUUAAAAAAGCAUGUAAUGCUAAAGCAUGGUAUAUGGAAAGACAAGGAAUUAUAUAGGUGCAUAGUUUGUGAUGAACGCUUUAAAGACAACCUUCAGUAUAAAAAACAUCUUAAAAUUCACACUGGUGAAAAUUGUGCUGUUUUUACUUGUGAACAGUGCGGUAAAAAAGAUUUAACUAAAAAGGCCUUAAGCUAUCACUUAGUAACUCAUUUAACUGGUUCUCAGAGACGACAUCAAUGUAAAGUUUGUAAACGGAGGUUUAGUCAUAAAUCUAUUUUAGUAGGUCAUGAGAAAACACAUGAUUUUAAUAGAGCAUUCAAGUGCACAUAUCCUACUUGUGAUAAAGUGUUGCUUACACAAAGAGGAUUAAAGAAUCACAUUAGUGUUCAUGAGGGCCUUGAAUUUAAAUGUGAUCAAUGUGAGAAAGUGUACCAUAACAAAAGACGACUUACAAUUCAUAUUAGACAAGAUCAUGAGAAACGCUAUCAACGUCUUUGUCCAAUUUGUGGAAAGAAAUUUAAAUGUAGUACUCGACUUAAAACACAUAUGGUCAUUCACCAGCCAAAAGAUCAAACAAAAGAUUAUAUCUGUGAAUUUUGUGGUAAAAGGUUUCGAAUCAAAUCACAGCUAGUUUUUCACAUGAGAAGUCAUAGUGAAAAAGCUUACACAUGUGAUGUUUGUGAUGAGAAAUUUUCGCGUGCUGAUAAUAUGAAAUUACAUUUGAGAAAACACACAGGAGAAAAACCAUAUAAAUGUAAUGUUUGUGAUAAGACUUUUAGUCGGCAUGACAACAUGAAAACACAUGUCCAGUCACAACAUAGUAACUUUGUUACUUAGCUUUACAAUUUUCACAUAAACCAGUAACUAAAAGUAAGCGCUGGAGGACUGCACGAAAACAAAACCCGUAAGACAUUUCACUCAAAAUGAAAACAAACUCACAUUAUGACAUCGAAAAAAUUAGAAAUGAAUACAACAAAGAAUUAAUAGAAAUGAUGUGACUGGUCAUGAUUGUGGUCGUCUGAUGAAAUAAGAUGAAUAGUCUGCCAGUUGACAUCAUUAAAGGGGCAUUAGGUUAGAUUAGUAAGAUAAAGAGCUGAAAGUUCUCGCUAUAAUAGUUAAAAAAUAGAUCAUGAAAACAAAAUGUGCUGAAAAUUUCAGUCAAAUUGUUCACUCUGAACAGAGAUAUUAGCCAUUCAAUUUUAGGCUAAUCUCGGUUGUCAUCACUGACAUUGGUAUGAUAAAGUCUUGAUCAUCCAUUAUUACAUUAAAUAAUCCAUCACAAAAUGUAUUCAAAUACAGUAAAUAUCGCAGCCUAAUGAUGGCACCGAGAGUUGAUUAUGGUCUGGAUAAGUUAAUUAAUGUCUACUUAAUAAUUUAGAUAACAUUUCAGGCCCAAAGAAAGACCUGUAAUAGGCAGAUUUAACUCUUGCAUAAUGUAUGUUUAAGUAAACCAAUAAACAGUUUAGGUAUGCCCAUCCUUGCUCUGGGAAGGAGAAUCUCAGACAAAUUUGCAAGUUCCAGAUAAAUCUGUGGUUCUGUCAAGAGAUUUUGUUGCAGCAGCAGUUCAAGGAACUGGCCUAACAGCAUUCACAAUUUCUUUGAAUAUCACACCUACAGUGCAAAAGUAGGAGGGUUGUUGCAAAUAUGUAUUAAUUCUCAGGGAUAAUUUGCUUUGAAUGUGAUGAAUGUAUUUUUUUAAAAUAAUCUGAUGUACAUGCAAUUGACUUAAGUUAUACAAAGAUAUUGGUCUCAGAAUCUUAUUAUGAAUAAAUCUAACCCCAAAAUACAUUUGCAGUUUUAAGAUUAGAAUUAGGACACAAAAAAUAACCUAAAAUGCUACACUUCAGAAUCUGCAAAAUCUCUUUCUGACUUAGUAAAUAUUUUUAGUUUGAUUAUAAAUAUAUAUACCUUUGAACCGCAUGCAGUAAAAUGUAGAUAGUGUAAUUUUUAUUAACAAAAUUAAGAAUGUAUACACCAAAAAAAAUAUAUAUUUGAAUAUAGUGCUAGUGUUUGAUUAGAUAUGUUUGGUUCGGCUUAUGUUCAAGUUGUCCAUAGAGCCGAUAAUACUGCGAAAAAAAGUCAAUGUAUGGUGUAACCGCUGCCAGUCUGGAUCUGUGGAUCUCCUGUUAAACUCUCCCCAUUGACUGAAUGAGACGUUCGACCUGGGCCAGCGUUGGUGUGUUUUCCAUUCCUGGUGAAGUGCCUGAUUCAAAUCGUCAAGGUCUGGUUGAUCUAGAAAUGGUUCCACUACUGUACUGAUGUCGUCCAUCUUGCUACAGCCACAUUAAUUAGUGGGUCAUUCAAAGGACUUCCUUUGAGCAUGUUUUAUCAUUAUUUAGAAAUGAAAUGAAAAUGAAAUGAAAUGGGGUUUAACGUCCUACUGUUCUGCUCCAAAAUGGGCUAAUGAAGACGGACAUACACCAUACAGUGUUCUAUGAGGGAAAUUUUGCCCAGACAACAGUACUACGGCCUACUCUUAUAUCGAAUUCCAACUGUCAAGGGAUCUUUGGAUCUUUUACAUGUACGACAAUGGCUACACAGGACCUCGGCUUUUCAUCCUAUCCGAAUGAUUAGACAGCUGUCAUGCCCUCCGUCCUGCACCACCGACAAGGGGGAACCACGCCGGAAAAUCUGGAUGAACUUUCUCUGCCAAUGCAGGGAUCGCUCACCCACAGGCACUUGAAGGGAUUAAAAUAAAACUUUUUACUACUCUUCGACUAUAUAUUACAGUAAUAAGUAAUAUAUAGUCAAAGAGUAGUAAGAAGUUUUAUUUUAAUCCCUUCAAGGGCCUGUGCGCACACUCUACCUCCAGGCUAUGAGAGCCAACAUCUUACCCACUUAGCCACCGUAAUCCCCCUGCCCCCCUGACAUGUUAAUGUCAUGGAAUUGUAUUAUUUUAUGAAUAAACUUGGUAUUGAUGUAAAUAAUCUAUCCAAUCUGUUAUUAUUAUCAUCCAAUCAUCGAUUACUUAUGACUUGUUUGGGGUCUCAUUUAUUCUACGGAUUUCAUACAAUGUGGACUAAGACUAGUAAUUAUUUCCCCUUAUUUCAUGAUGGACGAAUGUAGUGCGAGUUAUAAAUAGACAAUUUUUCCCUUAAUUUUUUUCUCCCCUCUUCCUGCAUUUUUGGGUUGACUUUUUGGUCUAGAAUUGGAGAAAAGGGAUCAAAUUUGCAAUUUCAUCGCAGUUUUGGGUAAUACUGAUGAUAUUAGAGCAGAGGGAUAGGGGGUGUAAAGUGUCUUUCUGCAGAGCAAUCAUUGUGUCGGAAGUAAGAUUUUCACCCCAGUCAACUUCAAAUCCGUGUAGCAAAAAAUCUAAACGGUCAACCCCCUACAAAAUUAUGAUGAGGAGAUUGCCAAAUGUGGUCCCCAUUGUGCCUAUAAAGAUUAGAACCAACGGAAUGUUGAGCAAAGAGCUACAGCCUGUGAUGUUACAGCCAUUUAACAUUGAAGUCAAUGGGCAAACAAUUGCUAGUCUGAGACCAUGUCAAAGGUCGCUUUAUAUGCAGUUGUGUCCCUUUAACUGUAUUGUC